CCGGUGCCCGCGCCCCACGGCCACAGCCUUGCUGCGCUAUAGCUCACGGAGCAUGUGCAGACCCGCAGGCGCCGAGGUGCUAUCUGUCCGGCGGGCUUCUGGGCAGUGGUGACUGUCACGCGUAAAGGGACCUUUCGGGGACUCUCGCCGCGCCUCUGCGUAGCGGGUGACACCGCGGUGCUCGCGAUCAGGGCGGCAGCUGCCUCUCGGUGAAGACGUCUUGGGCUCCGUGCGCCCUCCCUCUCUCCCCUAUCGUUCUUUCCCUUCCCCAGCUGCUCGCUCCUUAGCUCGCCCGCUCACACCCGCAGCCUCCCGGAGCGGGAGGCGUGGGUCCCCGCCGCUUCUCUUCCAAAGGGGCCUCCUCACUUCAGAGAUGCAGUGACAAGUUAAUAUGGGCGUCCAAGCCUCGAGUUCCCAGGAGGAGAAUCGCAAGAGGCAACAGCUCCUGAGCACCCGGAGCCCUUGAACAGGCCGCCCAGGAGGGGCGUGAAACCCGGCUUCAGCAUCCGUCCAGGUGGGACCAGCUGAGCGCCGCGACCAAGGCGAGCUCGCCGGAUUGCUCCGAGAUCCCCGACCCGGGGAUAUUUUUUUCUUUCCCUCGGCUGGUGGUGGGCGCCUCUCGGGCCGAAGCCCGGCGCCUGCUCUGCUGCCCGCGCUGCCUUUAGCGGUCGCCUCCGCCGCCGCUGCCAGGGACGUGCUGGGAAAGCCGAAGCCCCGGGAGAAGAUGCCGGCCAUCCUGGUCGCCUCCAAAAUGAAGUCUGGACUGCCCAAACCCGUGCACAGCGCCGCGCCCAUCCUGCACGUGCCCCCAGCCCGGGCGGGCCCCCAGCCCUGCUACCUCAAGUUAGGAAGCAAGGUGGAGGUGAGCAAGACCGCCUACCCUAGCCAGAUCCCCCUGAAAUCGCAGGGGCUGCAGGAGCCGGCGGGGGAGGGGCUCCCGCUGCGGAUAAGCGGCUCGGUGGAAAACGGGUUCGAUACCCAGAUCUACACGGACUGGGCCAAUCACUAUCUAGCCAAAUCAGGCCACAAACGUCUCAUCAAGGAUCUCCAGCAAGAUGUGACGGACGGCGUCCUCCUGGCCCAGAUUAUCCAGGUUGUGGCAAAUGAGAAGAUUGAAGACAUCAAUGGCUGUCCAAAGAACAGAUCGCAAAUGAUUGAAAACAUAGAUGCCUGCUUGAAUUUCCUGGCAGCUAAGGGAAUAAACAUCCAGGGGCUGUCUGCGGAAGAAAUCAGGAAUGGAAACCUCAAGGCCAUUCUAGGCCUCUUCUUCAGCCUCUCCCGGUACAAGCAGCAGCAGCAGCCCCAGAGGCCGCACCUCCCCUCGCCACUGCUGCCUGGCGUGUCCCCGGCGGCCGGGGCCCCCUCCCAGUGCCAGGCUGGCGGUUCUCAGCAACAGGUGCCCGCCGCUCCCCAAGCCCCGUGCCAGCCUCACCAGCCAGCGCCACACCAGCCGUCAAAAGCACAAGCUGAGAUGCAGUCCAGUGCAUCUUCCAAGGACUCAUCACAAAGCAAAAUCAUCCGCUUCACUCUGGGUCAGAAAAAGAUCUCUAGACUUCCAGGUCCUACCGCGAGGGUAUCCGCUGCAGGCAGCGAGGCCAAAACACGCGGAGGGUCAGCCACUGCUAACAACCGACGGAGCCAGAGCUUUAACAACUAUGACAAGUCCAAACCGGUCACCUCCCCACUCCCACCCCCACCAGCAAGCAGCCAUGAGAAAGAGCCUUUGGCGAGUCCGGCCCCCUCCCACCCCGGAAUGAGCGAAGAUGCACCUGCUGCUUUGGAGGGCGGCGGCUGCGCCCCUGCUAAUUGCGGCGCCUCCUCUGCCAUCCCCCAGCCCGGCACGGCCUCCAAGCCCUGGCGUAGCAAGUCGGUCAGUGUGAAGCACAGCGCCACGGCUGCCACGCUCGCGGUCAAGCCUCCUGCACCCGAGGCCCCCAGGCCCACCCCCGAAGCCCUGAAGCCAGCCCCCAACAAUCAGAGGUCCAUGCUGGAAAAACUGAAACUCUUCAACAGCAAGGGAGCUUCCAAGGUGGGUGAGGGCCCUGGGUCACGGGACACAAGCUGCGAGCGGCUGGAGAUCCUGCCCAGCUUCGAAGAGAGCGAAGAGAUGGAGGCCGGCGGUCGCCCACUGUCCGCGGCGGGCCCCACCUCCAACAGCCCCAAGAUCGCGCUCAAGGGCAUUGCCCAGAGAACUUUCAGCCGGGCGCUGACCAACAAGAAGAGUUCCCCGAAAGGCGGCGAGAAGGAAAAGGAGAGACAGCAGCGGGAGAAGGAGAAGGAGAAAAGCAAGGACCUCGCCAAGAGAGCCUCGGUGACAGAGAGGCCGGACCUCAAGGAGGGGCCGAGAGAAGACCUCAGCGGGGUGGCGGUGACCGAGAUGCCAAAAAAGUCCUCCAAGAUCGCCAGCUUCAUCCCCAAAGGGGGGAAGCUCAACAGUGCCAAGAAGGAGGCCCCGGCCCCUUCCCACAGUGGGAUACCAAAACCAGGAAUGAAGAGCAUGCCCGGGAAAUCCCCAAGUGCCCCCGCGCCUUCCAAGGAUGGGGAGCGGAGCCGGGGUGGGAAGCCGAGCUCGGGGCUCCCCCAGCAGAAGCCCCAGCUGGACGGCAGACACUCUAGUUCCUCCUCCAGCCUGGCAUCCUCGGAAGGCAAAGCCCCAGGAGGGGCCACCCUGAAUCACAGCAUCAGCAGCCAGACUGUCAGUGGGUCCAUCGGGACCGCCCAGACCACGGGAAGCAAUACUGUCAGCGUCCAGCUACCUCAGCCCCAGCAAUACAGCCACCCCAACACUGCCACGGUGGCGCCUUUCCUGUACAGGUCCCAGACAGACACCGAAGGGAAUGUUACUGCCGAGUCCAGCUCAGGGGGUGUGACCGUGGAGCCGAGCCACUACAGCAAGAGUGGACAGCCUGCCCUGGAGGAACUCACUGGGGAAGAUCCAGAGGCUCGGCGACUGCGGACAGUGAAGAACAUCGCUGAUCUGCGGCAAAAUUUGGAGGAGACCAUGUCCAGUUUACGGGGAACUCAGGUUACACACAGCACAUUGGAAACCACGUUUGACACCAAUGUCACCACGGAGAUCAGCGGGCGCAGUAUCCUCAGCUUGACGGGCAGGCCCACUCCCCUGUCCUGGAGGCUCGGCCAGUCCAGCCCUCGGCUGCAGGCGGGAGACGCCCCCUCGAUGGGCAACGGGUACCCGCCCCGAGCCAACGCCAGCCGCUUCAUCAACACCGAGUCGGGCCGCUACAUGUACUCUGCCCCCCUGCGGAGGCAGCUGGCCUCCAGGGGCAGCAGCGUCUGCCACGGAGACGUCUCGGACAAGGCAGGAGAUGAGAUGGACUUGGAGAGCAUCAGCAUGGACGCCCCCGGCUACAUGAGCGACGGGGACGUUCUGAGCAAGAACGUGCGGGCGGACGACAUCACGAGCGGGUACAUGACUGAUGGUGGACUUGGCCUCUACACCCGCCGCCUGAACCGGCUCCCUGAUGGGAUGGCUGUGGUGCGGGAGACCCUGCAAAGAAACACCUCCCUGGGCCUCGGAGAUGCUGACAGCUGGGAUGACAGCAGCUCCGUCAGCAGCGGGAUCAGCGACACCAUAGACAACCUCAGCACGGAUGACAUCAACACCAGCUCCUCCAUUGGUUCCUAUGCCAACACGCCUGCCUCCUCGCGCAAGAGCCUGGAUGUCCAGACCGACGCUGAGAAGCACUCACAGGUGGAGAGGAGUUCCCUGUGGUCCGGCGAUGAUGUCAAGAAGUCAGACGGAGGGUCAGACAGUGGCAUAAAGAUGGAGCCGGGCUCGAAGUGGAGGCGGAAUCCUUCUGAUGUGUCUGACGAGUCCGACAAAAGCACGUCGGGCAAGAAGAACCCCGUCAUCUCUCAGACAGGCUCGUGGCGGCGAGGCAUGACAGCUCAGGUGGGCAUCACCGUGCCGAGGACGAAGCCGGCUGCCCCGGCAGGCACGCUCAAGACCCCAGGAAUGGGAAAAACAGAUGAUGCAAAGGUGUCUGAGAAAGGAAGGCUGUCUCCCAAAGCCUCCCAGGUGAAGCGCUCCCCGUCAGAUGCUGGCCGCAGCAGUGGCGAUGAAUCCAAGAAACCCCUCCCCGGCAGCUCCAGGACGCCCACUGCCAACGCCAACAGCUUUGGGUUCAAGAAGCAGAGCGGCUCAGCCGCUGGUCUGGCCAUGAUCACAGCCAGUGGGGCCACUGUCACCAGCAGGUCAGCCACACUGGGCAAAAUCCCCAAGUCGUCCGCACUUGUCGGUCGGUCCACCGGUCGGAAGACAAGCAUGGAUGGGGCUCCGAAUCAGGAUGAUGGGUAUCUGUCUCUCAGCUCCCGGACAAAUUUACAGUACCGGAGUCUGCCAAGGCCCAGUAAAUCCACCAGCCGGAAUGGGGCUGGGAACAGGUCUAGCACCAGCAGCAUAGAUUCCAACAUCAGUAGCAAGUCAGCAGGCCUGCCGGUGCCCAAGCUGAGGGAGCCUUCCAAGACAGCCCUCGGCAGCUCUCUGCCAGGUCUGGUCAACCAGACUGAUAAGGAGAAAGGCAUCUCAUCCGACAACGAGAGCGUGGCUUCCUGUAACUCAGUGAAGGUGAACCCGGCAGCCCAGCCUGUGUCUAGUGCGGCUCAGGCCACUCUCCAGCCAGGGGCCAAGUACCCUGAUGUGGCCUCUCCCACGCUCCGCAGACUCUUUGGUGGGAAGCCUACCAAGCAAGUGCCCAUCGCCACAGCCGAAAACAUGAAAAACUCGGUGGUCAUCUCCAACCCUCAUGCCACCCUGAGCCAGCAAGGUAACUUAGAGUCCCCCUCGGGCAGCGGCGUCCUGAGCAGCGGGGGCAGCAGCCCUCUCUACAGUAAGAACGCAGACAGCGCCCAGUCCCCCCUGGCCUCCAGCCCCAGCUCCGCCCACUCGGGCCCCUCCAACAGCCUCACGUGGGGCACCAACGCCAGCAGCUCCUCGGCCCUUAGCAAGGACGGCCUGGGCUUCCAGUCGGUCAGCAGCCUCCACACCAGUUGCGAGUCCAUUGACAUCUCCCUGGGCAGCGGAGGGGCGCUGAGCCACAACUCCUCCACCGGCCUCAUUGCCGCCUCUAAGGAUGACGCCCUGACCCCCUUUGUCAGAACCAACAGUGUGAAGACCACACUGUCGGAAAGCCCUCUCUCUUCCCCUGCCGCUAGCCCUAAGUUCUGCAGAAGUACUCUGCCCAGGAAACAGGACAGUGACCCGCACCUUGAUAGGAACACUUUGCCUAAAAAAGGACUCAGGUACACCCCCACCUCCCAGCUUCGCACACAAGAAGAUGCAAAAGAAUGGUUACGGUCCCACUCUGCAGGAGGCCUGCAGGACACUGCCGCCAACUCUCCUUUCUCCUCUGGCUCCAGUGUAACUUCUCCCUCCGGAACAAGAUUCAACUUUUCUCAGCUUGCGAGUCCCACCACUGUCACCCAGAUGAGCUUGUCCAACCCGACCAUGCUGAGGACCCACAGCCUCUCCAAUGCCGACGGGCAGUAUGACCCGUACACGGACAGCCGCUUCCGGAACAGCUCCAUGUCCCUGGACGAGAAAAGCAGAACCAUGAGCCGCUCAGGCUCAUUCCGGGAUGGGUUUGAAGAAGUUCAUGGAUCCUCACUCUCCUUGGUUUCCAGCACAUCAUCAAUUUAUUCUACACCAGAAGAAAAAUGCCAGUCAGAGAUUCGCAAACUACGGCGGGAGCUGGAUGCCUCCCAGGAGAAGGUUUCCGCUUUGACCACCCAGCUGACGGCAAAUGCUCACCUUGUGGCGGCCUUUGAACAGAGUCUUGGAAACAUGACAAUCAGGCUCCAGAGCUUAACCAUGACGGCUGAGCAGAAGGACUCAGAACUGAAUGAGUUAAGAAAAACCAUUGAGCUGCUGAAGAAACAGAACGCAGCUGCCCAGGCGGCCAUUAAUGGGGUAAUUAACACCCCAGAGCUCAACUGCAAAGGAAAUGGUACCUCCCAGUCUGCAGACCUCCGUAUCCGCAGACAGCACUCCUCCGACAGCGUCUCCAGCAUCAACAGCGCCACCAGUCACUCCAGCGUGGGCAGCAACAUAGAGAGUGAUUCAAAGAAGAAGAAGAGAAAGAAUUGGUUACGCAGCUCCUUCAAGCAAGCCUUCGGGAAGAAGAAGUCCCCCAAGUCGGCAUCCUCUCAUUCAGACAUUGAGGAGAUGACGGAUUCUUCUCUGCCUUCCUCACCAAAGUUACCACACAACGGUUCCAUGGGCUCCACGCCCCUGCUGAGGAACUCUCACUCCAGUUCUCUCAUCUCGGAGUGCAUGGAUAGUGAAGCCGAGACGGUCAUGCAGCUCCGAAACGAGCUGAGAGACAAGGAGAUGAAGCUGACCGACAUCCGCCUGGAAGCCCUCAGCUCUGCACACCAGCUGGAUCAGCUGCGGGAGGCCAUGAACAGGAUGCAGAGUGAAAUAGAGAAGCUGAAAGCUGAGAACGACCGGCUGAAGUCGGAGUCUCAAGGCAGUGGCUGCAGCCGGGCGCCCUCCCAGGCGUCCCUCUCCACCUCCCCAAGACAGUCUAUGGGGCUCUCCCAGCACAGCCUGAACCUCGCUGAGUCCAGCAGCCUGGACAUGUUGCUGGAUGACACUGGUGAAUGCCCGGCUCGGAAGGAAGGAGGCAGGCAUGUUAAGAUAGUUGUCAGCUUUCAGGAGGAAAUGAAGUGGAAGGAGGAUUCCAGACCACACCUCUUCCUCAUCGGCUGCAUUGGAGUUAGUGGCAAGACGAAGUGGGACGUGCUCGACGGGGUAGUUAGACGGCUGUUCAAAGAGUACAUCAUUCACGUCGACCCCGUGAGUCAGCUGGGGCUGAACUCUGAUAGUGUCCUCGGCUACAGCAUUGGGGACAUCAAGCGCAGCAACACCUCCGAGACCCCCGAGCUUCUUCCCUGUGGCUACCUGGUUGGAGAGAACACAACCAUCUCUGUGGCCGUCAAAGGGCUCGCGGAAAACAGCCUGGACUCACUGGUGUUCGAGUCCCUGAUCCCCAAGCCUAUCCUGCAGCGCUACGUCUCCCUGCUGGUGGAGCACCGGCGGAUCAUCCUCUCUGGGCCCAGCGGCACUGGGAAGACCUACCUGGCCAACCGGCUGUCAGAGUACCUGGUGCUCCGGGAGGGACGGGAGCUGACAGACGGGGUCAUCGCCACCUUCAAUGUGGACCACAAGUCCAGCAAGGAAUUGCGCCAGUACCUGUCCAACCUCGCCGACCAGUGCGCCAGCGAGAACAACGCUGUGGACAUGCCUCUGGUCAUCAUCCUGGACAACCUGCAUCACGUCAGCUCCCUGGGCGAGAUCUUCAACGGGCUGCUCAACUGCAAGGACCACAAAUGCCCUUAUAUAAUUGGCACAAUGAACCAGGCUACCUCUUCUACUCCCAACCUGCAGCUUCAUCAUAACUUCAGGUGGGUGCUGUGUGCCAACCACACGGAGCCCGUGAAGGGUUUCCUGGGCCGGUUCCUGAGGCGGAAGCUCAUGGAGACGGAGAUCGGUGGGCGGGUACGGAACGUGGAGCUGGUGAAAGUCAUCGACUGGAUUCCCAAGGUCUGGCAUCACCUCAACCGCUUCCUGGAGGCUCACAGCUCCUCGGACGUCACCAUAGGCCCCCGGCUCUUCCUGUCGUGCCCCAUCGACGUGGAUGGUUCCAGGGUGUGGUUCACCGACCUGUGGAACUACUCAAUCAUCCCCUAUCUCCUGGAAGCCGUCAGAGAAGGACUCCAGCUGUAUGGAAGGCGGGCCCCCUGGGAGGACCCCGCCAAGUGGGUGAUGGACACCUAUCCUUGGGCAGCCAGCCCUCAGCAGCACGAGUGGCCUCCCCUCCUGCAGCUCCGGCCCGAGGAUGUCGGCUUCGACGGCUACUCCAUGCCUCGGGAGGGGUCAACCAGCAAGCAGAUGCCCCCCAGCGACGCUGACGGAGACCCGCUGAUGAACAUGCUGAUGAGGCUGCAGGAAGCAGCCAACUACUCCAGCCCCCAGAGCUAUGACAGCGACUCCAACAGCAACAGCCAUCACGACGAUAUCCUGGACUCGUCCCUGGAGUCUACUCUGUGACGGCCGGGCCACGGAGCCUGCCCUCCUGCCCUCUCCACCUCCCUCCUCUGCACCACCCUGAGGGCGCCCUCCUGAGCCAGCCCCCGGCCUCGGCGUGAGUGCCGCACGAAGACCCGGACCCUCCUCGUCCUCCAGCCUUGACCUGGGUGCAGGCACCCCGGGCCAGCUGCCUCGGGACCGCUUCCUUCACAGGGAGAACUGCACCAUCUUCUGUGUCAAUUAUUGUCCUGCCUUGUUGCUGUGACCUUCCUAAGACACUGAAAGAUACUUCUCGGGAAAGGACCAUCACCGUUGAAAUGAAAAGGGU